AAUAGCGUUCUUUAACAGCUCCUUCGGCAAGCUUCUAUCUGCAAAUCGAUGACGCUAACGAACCCGAUGGAUUUCCAAAAUCAUCUUUCGACAAAGGACUUGCAUCGUAUCACAAAACCAAAAAAAGUGGGCAAGCGUCGCCAUACGGACGACUCCAACGAUGAAGAUGCCAGCAAGCCUCGGUUCAUGCCAAAAACACUUAGCAAGCUAGCGCAGCACAAAAAGCAGAGGCAGCCGCAGGUUAUGGGCCAGAAACUCUCUGUUUCGAGAAUCAUAGAGACCUUAGACCAAGAAUCGUUGCAGAACCUAAUUUCCAAUCUGGUAUCCGAACACCCAGAAGUGGCCCCUACGCUGCUGAAGAUCUCUCCGCAAGUCACUAUAGAAGACUCCUUAAUGGUUCUAGAGCAGAAACUAGAAAGAAUAUUGCAAAACAUGCCCUACAGGGUCGAUGCAUCGUCCGAUUACUCAUUCCUUAGAGUGAAACCUCACGUGGAGGACUUUUUCCAGACUCUUUCCGAUUACACACUAAACUUCCUUCCUCCCAUUGAGUCCGAUCUCACUGUUCCACUUAUGUUCCUGAUGAAAUUCCUGGCCAAGUGCUUCCCACGCUUGCCCAAAUUCCAUGCCGUUGAAUACCGCUAUUACCACAGCCUUACAGUUGACAAAUUCAACACCAUUUUGGACGAUAUUCUUGUGCAAUUCCUUAGCGAGAAAAAACACAACAUCAUUCUCGCCAUCAAUCAAGACUGGCUCACAGAUUUCCGGAAAAUCAGCGAGCUCAACGACAACAAAUUUUCAUCCGUAUACGAGCGUUUGAAGCUGGAGAUUGAGCAGUACGAAAACCCCGAUGCAGCGUCUGGCCAGCCAUCCACCGGCAAUCCCGGGCGGCUCACAGGGCUUGCCAAUCUCUUAAAUUUUUCUAGCGAUAAUAGUCCGUUGCACGGCAACACUGUGGGGAACGUUUUUGACACUAUUUAAUAAGCAGGUGUAUUCAUUGCAUUCGCUAACAUUCCGAGUAUAUAAGGCUAUUUACAAAUUGAUGCCCCAUUGAGCCAGCUCCACUGAGGACGCGGUCUGCAACAGUUUCCUCAUCUUAUUUUUCAUGAUAUUUUUCUUUGUAGUGGCCGGAUCCAGGUCGAGUUUAUUAACGAGAUUUCUGAACGUUGGAUCAGAUUCUCCUUUGGCGAUUAUGGUUUCCAGCUUCUUGCUGAGUUCAACCUCUGAUCUGAUUGACUCCAGCUUGUUUGCAAGAUGCGAGAGGCUCGACAUGAAAAGCUCCUGAUUCUCUAAACCCGCGUCCCAGUUGGAAAUUCCAUAUUUCAGUUUCAAAUCGGCGAUCUUCUCGCGCUCCUCCUCAGACAGCUCUGAAAAAGGCUUUCUAAGCAUCUUUACCUCGUUCAGGUCGUGGUAGAGCGUCGAAGAGUUGUCGUCGUAAAACUUCCUCCUCCUGAGCAGGUCUUGUCUUCUUCUAGUCUCUUCCUCUGACACCUGUCUUUUGGCCUCUUCCUGGUAAUGCUGGAACUCCUCACCUUUGUUUUUCUUGAUUUCCGCCACAGCAAACGACUUGCGCGCACUCAGCGGACGAGUGGCCUCGAUUCUCACCAGAUCUCCCUCUUUGCAAAUAUUGGCUUCGUCAUGGACAAGGAAAUCCUUUUUUUUCAAAUAUUCUUUCUGUAGUUUCUGGUUCAGCACCUUCUGCAUGACCCUUACUUUCACGGUCUUGUCCAUCUUCCCUUGGGAAAUGACAAACCCAAUAAAGUUCUGUCUGGCCAUCGC